CUUCACGGGGAGGGGCGUGUCAGAUUCCAAGAGAGGAGAGAGAGAGAGAGAGAAAGAGAGAGAGUGGGAUAGAGGGGCGCUGUGUUACAUUGCAAAGCCUUUGCAAAGAUGGGGGAUGACAAGCCUUUUGUGUGCAGCGCUCCUGGCUGUGGGCAGAGGUUUACUAAUGAGGACCACCUGGCUGUCCACAAACACAAACAUCAAAUGACGCUGAAUUUCGGACCCGCCAGAACGGACUCGGUCAUCAUUGCAGACCAGACGCCGACUCCCACUCGUUUCCUGAAAAACUGUGAAGAGGUGGGCCUUUUCAAUGAGCUGGCCAGCUCGUUCGAGCAGGAGUUCCCUAAAGGCCAGGAAGAUGAGGACAAGAGGGCCAAGAACCCGUUGCCGGCUCCUAAUUCGGGAGCACUAGACAUGAGUUUGCAGACGCCUUCAGACGUUAAGGUGAAGGAGGAGGACCCCGUGGAGGUGGAUUCCUCUCCUCCUGACAGUCCUGACUCCUUCUCCAGCAUGUCAGAUAGCAGCAGAGAGCCCAUAGGCAGACGACAGGAUUCUCCUCCAAAGCCUGCCUUCAGUUCGGCUCCCACCCCUGCCAUAGUGCGUCCUGGCUCUCUCCCCCUGCACCUGGGUUAUGACGCCCUACAGCCCACCAUGCCCUCCCCUACCUCUGUCAUCACACAUACCCCACCAUCCAACCGCACACUGGGGUCUCCCACAGUGCCGUACCCAAUGAUGAUGUUUCCCAAUGGUCAAACUGUUCCCGUGCUUCCAGGUCCUAUGCAGAUGCCCUCUGUAAUAUCUCUGGCGAGGCCCCUGUGUAUGGUGCCUAAAGACAAGGAUUCUGCCUUAUGAAUCACACGAGUGCCUCUUUUUAAGUUAUCCUCGCUCCAUGUCGCUGGCCACCUAUCGCAUUCAGGCGUCUGUCAGGAGAUGUUAAAAGCUUUAUCUGUAUCAUCAGUCCUGAGGUAAUGAAUUAACAAUAAUGCCUUUAAACAGCCAGAGAGCACUGCCCUUUAUUUUGAGCAUAUUCUAUACUGCCACCUGGAUGUAAUAGGGUGCUAUUACAUCAAAUUAGAAGGCAGCAGGGACAAAUCUACUGUUGUUUGAAUGGUUUUACCUGUACCUGAUGUUUAUCCAAACACACGGUCUUGUCUUUUUUACACGAUAUCGGACACUUUCAAAAUGAAGGCAGCAUAUAAACAAGGGACUAAGAUGUACUGUUUGCUCAGUAUAUGUAACUUGAAUUCUCAUUCAUAUUUUUUUUUCUGUCAUUAUUUGCAGUUUGGGGUAUUUUUCUGUUUGGUGUCUCAGAGAUUGUCAGGUUUUCUUUCAAACAGAAUAUCAAACUUACCACUUGACCGAUAUCUCAUGAAUGACUCCUGGUUUAAGUGUUGAUUUCUCCUGGCUUUUCUGUUAUAUUAUGUGCUGGCACUGUAAUUGUUCAGCAGAACCCAUGUAGAGGAUUGUUGACCUGAAAUGAGCAGAAUGGAGAAUUUUUAGCUUCACUGGCACUUUUUUAUUUUUUAAAACUUUGUUUUUUCAUUGUAUGCUGCCAGGACUAUAGAAAUAUCUAUAAUAAAUCUUUCUUUGUGUGUGUUGUAAGAUGUAAAAGUAGAAAUUCUUUUGUAGACUUUCUUUUCUCAUUCUCUUUUUGUUCUUCUAAUACUUUGUACUCAAAUAUUUGUAGUUAUUUUUACUUGUAAAGACUAAUAAGGAUGCCUUGAGACGGUCCCUGACUGAUUCCCCCCUCUCACUUUAAUCACUUUAAAGUAUACCAUGAUGUCUGUGUCUUGAUGGACUUAAUGUUCCAUUAUUCCAACAAAAUGCACAAAUAAUUUAUUAUGGAAUUAUUUCAUGCAAGUACAAUUGAAUGCAGUUUCCCUGAGAUGGUCAGACUGAACAAAACAAAAGUCAUUUAGAAUAGGAUGAUCUUAUAGGCUAAAGAAACAAUUAUAAAUGAUUGUUUACGAGUAUGUCUUUUAUGGGAAAUAGCCUCACUCCAAGCUGGACUGAUAAAAUUGUCCCUUGUAAUGUACAUAUGUGUACCAUAUAUAUUUACUAUUUUUCAUGCAUGUUGAAGUGAAAUACUCUGAACACAGUGCUGCAGUUUUGAUUAAACACAGAAAAAAAA